AGAUGUCUGCUCAGUCAGGUGAUCAGCUGUGUCCAAUCACAGCUGAUCACAUCAGUGCCAACUGUCAGUGUCCAUCAGUGCCUUAUGUCAGUGCUCAUCAGUGCCUCGUGCCAGUGCCCAGCAGUGCCACAUAUCAGUGCCUACCAGUGCACAUCAAUGCCACAUAUCAGUGCCCAUCUGAGCUGCCUUUCAGUGUCACCCAUCAGUGCCAGUCAGUGCCACCUAUCAAUGCCAAUCAGUGCCACCUAUCAGUGCUGCCAAUCAGUACCACCUAUCAGUGCCAGUCAGUGCUGCCUAUCAGUGCCGCCUAUCAGUGCAUGUCAGUGCCGCCUAUCAGUGCCAGUCAGUGCCGCCUAUCAGUGCCAGUCAGUGCCACCUAUCAGUGCUGCCUAUCAGUG